AUGACUACUGGAAGCGACAUCGCCAUUUCUAUAUUCCCCACAUUUCAAGCUGUUAAUAAAAUGCCGACCGAGCCUAGCCCAUCGCAUACGGCGGUCUCCGCACAAGCUUCACAGAGUCGCUCGGCGGCUUACACAUCCAGUCUUGCUGGACCUUCAAUAUCUGGGUCUCCUGGCAUACAACGACCGGCAACUAACUCGGGCGCUGCUGUUUCUCCCGACUCGCCGACUAAUAUAUCUCGUCGUCAGCCGAGAACAGAAUGUGCGACAACCCGAAAAACGAGGCUUUCAAGAGAGAGGGCUGGGUCACCGCCCGAAGACGAAGAUACUAUAGACGAUUCAACCGGAAAAAGGAAAAAGAAGAAGGGACAGAAGUUCUUUUGUAAGGGCUAUGGGGAGUGCAACUUGUCUUUCACGAGGAGUGAGCACUUGGCGAGACAUAUCAGAAAACACACCGGUGAACGUCCUUUCAACUGUCACUGUGGCCGUGCAUUCUCCCGGUUGGAUAACCUCCGACAGCACUCCUCGACCGUGCACGCAGACGAGCCCAUUCCAAUAAAUUCCCUUGCGGCUUCCUCGAAUUCUCGUUACUCACGCCACCCGAAGAGUGGCCCUGGCGGCCGUGCUAGGGCCCAGAGUAACCCCAACCCAACCACUAGUGACCAGGCCCAAUCGCACGCUCCACCAUUACCCCAUACUAACGGACUCUUGUCACGCCGUGACGCAACCCGGCCUAUAACCAGGCCAGAUCCAAUUAUAUUGCCCCAGAGCCCUCCGGAGACUAACAGUACUACUAAUUCUUCGUUUGAGAGUUAUCGUAAUACAACACCACCAGAAUCUCCCGCAUCUGCUGUUAGCUAUUCACGGAAUGAAGAAUACCCUUGGCGGCUCCCCCAACCACGGCCUGGUCCGAUGUUGACUACAUCUAAUAUCAACACUCCCACAUCCGCGACCUUUACAGAACAUAGAAGCCCUUUGGGAAGGGAUUUCGCAGGCCCAUAUGGGCAGUACACUAAUAAUUCUUCAACUUUGGGUUCUCCUGUACAGGGCAUGUCAUCCGUAUCUGGUAUCUUUCCGGCCCGGAACGCCGGCCAGCGUCGGCUCUCAGUUCCUGGUCCCCAGCACCCAAGGAAUCCGAUGUCUCCAUAUUCACACAACCGUAUCUCUUCGAUGUCUAGCAUCCAACAACCGCUCGCCUCACCUGGGUGGCCAAUGCAAAGCUCCCAUGCUUCAUCCAGACGUGAAUCAAUUGACUCUUCCAUUGAUGAAGAAGAAUACCAAAAACGGCGCCGUACCUGGCAUCCAGAUAUCAACCGGGAACAACGUAGCUCGCUCGAACGUGACCUUAUCUCCCCCACAACCGCUUCCUUCGCUAGUACCACCCUAUCUGGGAAUCCGUCAGAAUAUAUCACAUCCCCCACAAACCAGCCAGGGAAUCAAACCUUGCCAUCCAUCGAAUCGAUCUUUGGCCACCCCCCACCAGCUCCCCCCUCAGCCCUUGCCCCCAAUCCAUUAUUCGCGGGUACACGCCGCGUUGGUGUUCGACGCUCCUCGGCAGCCCGCCCAAUGACCCUCUACGAAGGAUCCACUGGAAGGCCCCAGCCAAACUUUGUAAGGGGACACAGCAGAUCCUCCUCUGACACAACAGCAAUGACCGACAGGUGGGCGAGCAUGAGCAUCAACAGCCCCCGGGAGCUUCCGGCACAGAGGGAUACUAGCAUGUAUAACAGUAGAGAUACUGCCGCUGGUGCAUCGCCGCUUAGUGUAGGAUGGGAUGCGGGUGUGUCGAGGAAACGUAGCUUUGGGCGUAGCUCGGUGUAUAACUACGACGAAUCCAACCCCAGGAAUGGGCGAAAACGCCAAAACUCUAUUGGAAGUGGGGACUCAUCUGGAAGCGAAGGUGUUACCACGCCCAGCACCAACCCUGCAGAGGAGCUGAACCCGGGGAUUGUGGGUGAAGGGAGCGCGACGGAGAUUGAUGAACACAACCCGAGAACUCCAAAGCCCAUUAUAGCAUCCAGAAACACGGUACCAAUGACCAGCCAGCCGCCUAACCGUCGGCACAGCAUGGAACUUGGCAUGCUACUAAAUGCACAGGAGACCCCAACGACUUCGCCUAGGGCAGCAGGGCCAGCGUUUGACGCGCUGUUAUACGUUGUUGAUGUUGAGAGCGGGAAAAUGGAUGAAGAAAGGGGGAGAUAUCAGCCUCUUCGUUGA